AUGCGUUCUUUAAAUCUAGCUACCGCUACUGCUUCACUUCCGGCUUUGACGCAAGCUCUUACCCUGACCGAUAUCUGUACACCAACUUAUCUCGCAGCCAACUUUCCAGCUGUCGAUUUCUAUGAUGGGAUAACUCUUGAUCCAACAUCCAUCACAGCCAAAACGGUGACAAAUACCAUAGCAUCGAGUGUGUUUUAUCCAAAUGAUGUGAUCGAUUACUGUGCUGUUACUUUCAAGUACUCGCAUAAUGGUCUAGAUGACAGUGUGCUCCUAACAUACUGGGUGCCUGCACCAGCAAAUUUUCAAAAUCGCUACCUUUCGACAGGUGGUGGUGGAUAUGCCAUCAAUUCAGGAGCUCAAUCAUUGCCUGGAGGAGUUGCAUAUGGCGCAGUUGCUGGUGACACUGAUGGUGGUUUUGGAAUUUUCCAGAACAAUGUCAUUUCAGAUUUUCUCCUUGCAGAUGGAACACUUAAUUGGCAAAAGGUCUACAUGUUUGGAUAUAAUGCUAUUCAUGAAAUGAGUGUCAUUGGAAAGGAAUUUACUACAUCGAUUUUCAAUAUGACAGCUAACAAUACUACGUUAUAUUCUUACUAUCAAGGUUGUUCGGAAGGUGGUAGAGAAGGGUGGAGUCAAGUUCAAAGAUUUGCGGAUCAAUUUGACGGAACAACAAUUGGUGCACCGGCUUUCAGAUUUGCAUUCCAGCAGGUUCAGCAUCUUUAUUCAAAUAUUGUGGAGAAGACUCUGGGCUAUUAUCCACCGCCUUGCGAAUUGCAAAAGAUUGUGAACGAGACAAUCAUUGCUUGCGAUCCAUAUGAUGGUAAAACAGAUGGAGUCGUCUCGCGAACAGAUCUUUGCACGUUGAACUUCAAUAUUUCAACACUUUUGGGCACACCAUACUCUUGCCCAGCAUCGACAGGAAGUCCAUUUUCCUCUCCUACACCCGCACAAAAUAGUUCAAUCUCGGUAAAGGGUUUGGCCAUUGCCCAGAAAAUCCUUGACGGUCUUCACACCACUGACGGUAAACGCGCUUAUUUCUCAUAUACUCCAUCCUCCACUUUACAGAUGCUGCCACAGCAUAUAACGCCACCACGGGUGAAUAUGGUCUUAGUAUUACCUCUCUUGGUGGUUCAUUCGUUGAAGUCCUUCUGGAUCUCAAAAAUGGUUCAAACAUCCAAUCUCUCGAGGGAGUAACAUACGAUACUCUCCGCGACUGGAUUGAAGAUGGUUGGAACCGAUACAAUGAUGUUCUCAUGAAAAACUGGCCAGACCUCACCCCCUACAAAAAUGCAGGCGGAAAAAUUAUUCAUUUCCAUGGCGAAUCUGAUUACAGUAUUCCGACCGCCUCAUCCGUUCGCUACUUCGAAUCCGUGCGAGAAAUCAUGAACCCAGGUCUUUCGUAUAAUGAUUCUGUCGCUGCAACUAAUGAAUUCUAUCGAUUAUUCCUUGUACCAGGUGGUUCGCAUUGUGCAGUUAAUACAGCGGAACCUAAUGGACCAUGGCCACAAACGAACUUGCAGAUACCCAUUGAUUGGGUAGAGAAUGGGGUGGCACCUGUCACUUUGAAUGCGACAGUUUUGCAGGGGGCGAAUAAGGGUACAAAUCAACAGAUCUGCGGAUGGCCUCUGAGGCCGUUCUGGACGAAUAAUGGAACGAUAAUGGAGUGCCAGUAUGACCAGGAGAGUAUUGAUUCCUGGAUGUAUGAUUUGGAUGCUUUUGACAUGCCAGUUUAUUAA